AUGUUUGAUUUCGAUGAUCUGGAGAGAGUGCUCUCUGAAGACGAGGGGAGCCAUGCUUCGGACGCGGAGGGUCUGGCACAGCCCAGACCGAGACAGCCCGUUCAUGAGCAUGGUCACGUGCGGAUCUGGGCAAUAUCCGAUCUCCAUACAGACGAUCCCAAGAAUAAGGAGUGGCUCGAACACAUUGACACCAAAGACACAGCCAACGAUGUCAUCAUAGUAGCUGGGGACAUUUCUCACAAGUGGGAAAUCAUUCGUGCCACCUUGUCCUUCUUCAAGGAGCACUAUGGCCGGGUGUUCUAUGUUCCUGGCAACCACGAGCUGUGGGGUGGUGCAGAGGAGGAUUCUAUGCAAAAGCUGGAAAAGCUGUUGAAGCUUUGCGCAGAGCUUCACGUCGAGACGGCACCUGCCGAGGUUGCAACAAGCAGCCGCCGUGUGCUGGUCGUUCCUCUAUUGUCCUGGCACCAUCCUCAAUGGGACACAGAACCAGACAUCGAAGGCUGGCAGGGCUUGCUGCCGGUAGAUCAGAUGCUCAGCGACUACCCGCUGACUCAUUGGCCACGAGGGAUCUCCAUCAAGGAUGGAACAGCAGCUAAAGCGGUUGAUAAGAUCAACGAUCGACUCAUGGAUUGGGAGCAGAUCCUGGCUCGCCGCAAAAGCUUUCAUGAGGUCCUUUCCUUCUCGCACUUUCUGCCUCGCGUCGAGGCAAAUCCUGAAAAAAGAUACCUUAGCUACCCAAACCUUGCCAAAGGCAUUGGGUCCAACUACCUGCGUGCACGCGUAGAAGCAUUGCAGCCGGAUGUGCAUGUCUUCGGCCAUACGCAUUUCGGCUACGAUCUCGUGGUGGAUGGAAUUCGUUAUGUGCAGGCUCCGUUGGCUAUGUCAUCCGAGCGGCAAUCCCGCGGCACAACGGUGGCCGUGGGCGAUUUUCCGGACGGCAAGUCUCGUCCGCAUCCGUUUCUCGUUUGGCACUCCCGCAGCGGCUGGGCCCCUCGCUGUCGGGGAGCAGCUUGGUCAGCCUACGUGGAGCGAUAUGGUCGGCGCCCAGACGUCACGUCUCUGGUUCCGUCCUACGUAGCAGACUGUGGCCUUGAGCCAAUCAGUGGUAUUGGCGGCGCAAAAGCCAAAGUGGGAUGGCUGCCUGGCAGGAUGCCUGUCUGGUUCUUCGGGCCACGUGAGCACAGAAUCCGCGAGGCAGCAGCAGAGGCCGACAAGGUUGCAGAACGUUUGCGGAAAGAGGCGGCCGGCACCUUCAAGCGUGCGGGCACCUUCAAGCAUCGGAAACAGCAGAUCGGAUCCGAUGAGCCUCUUCCCAUCGAGGCCUCUGAGGUAGCGAUCCUGAUGAACAAGGGGGAGGUCGCAAUUCUUGACGUUAGAGAGGGCGACUUCGCUAGCCGGCCUGCCGGAUGCGUGCCUUUGUCGCACCCAUCAGAAACCAGCAACUUUGCAGCUCUCCCGGAUGCAGAGCUUCUGGAGCUCGGUGAGCGGAUGAUGACAGGAGGGGGGCCACGCAUCUUGGUGGGAGAAGGAAGCUCGCCAGCCAGCUGCCGCCAUGCUGCGUUGCUCCUGGCUGCCCUUCUUCGCCUGUGGCCGAGGGACGUGCGACCACUUCGCGGUGGCUUCGAUGCUUGGGUGAAACAAGAACCAGAGGUGAAGCACCAUGCCGAAUCGAUCUGGGUGCUUCCUGCAUCUCUUUGGCUUACUUCAUUCGCUACAAUUGAGGAUGCAGCACCAGCCGCUGCGGCUGAAGCAGGCGAGGAGGCACGUGGAUCCCGUGUCAAUGUGAAGAACCUGUGCCAAAGUACCACGGCAGAUGAACUGAAGAGCUUCUUUGCCUGCUGUGGCACUGUUACUGAUGUGGAAGUCAAGGUUCACCCAGACGGUUCUUCCAAAGGCUAUGGCUUCGUCUGCUUUUCGACCCCAGAAGAAGCAGACAAAGCUGUGGCCGAAAUGAACGGAAAGACUUUAGAGGAGAACAAACUCGUCGUGAAAAUCGCUGAGCGACGGUACGCAGAGGGGAAAGGCGAAGCAGGCAAAGGCAAGAGCAAGGGCAAGGGCAAGCAGAAGGCACAGCUUGGCUACAUGGACCCCUACGCCAUGUACGGUCAAGUAAUGGAUCCGAUGGUCGCAGCCAUGGGCUACCCGUACUACGAUGCUUCCAGCAUGAUGAACCCCUACGGCUACGAUCUUGGGGCGAUCUACAAUGCCAUGUAUGGCACACAAGGCAUGCCAUGCAUGCCGCAGAUGUACAGCGGAUUUCCGAUGGGAGCCAUGCCUGGCAUGCCGAUGCCCAGAACGGGCAAGGAGCCGGGUGUCGUCGACCCAAAUGCCAUCUUGGCACUGCAGCAAGCACAGGCCUUCGCUCUUCAGUCGCAGGCUAUGGAAGCUGCCAGGGACCAUAAGGCAGGUGGUGCGAACAAAGAUGACAAGGGCAAAGGGAAAGGUGCACAAAGCAAGGGUAAAGGUAAGUCUGGGAAGGUGAAGGCGUCCCAGGAAAAUACCGGCCCCAUGCCGGAAGCUCCUCCGCCGGACCAGGAAUUCGUGGGGUAUCUCAAGUCCAAGCGUGAGAAGAACGGCUACGGGUUCAUCGUGUGCGGCGAGAUUCAGGAGCGCUACCAGCGGGAUGUUUGGGUAGACAGCGAGCUGCUGCCUGAAGGAGCUGCUUGGCAGACUAAGUCUGAAGGCAGAGGUGGCAAGGAGGACCAGCAGCAGUCGUCGUCGUCGUCGUCGUCGUCGUCGUCGUCGUCGUAG